GUCUGAAUAAUUGGCUUUUAUUUCCUAUGAACCAGCCAAAAUGCAUGCAGUGGAACUUUGUUUAUCAAAAGUGGUAUGGCCAGUAUAGUUUGAUCAGCUUUUCAAGCCACUAGCAUAUGGUGGAACCAUAUAUAGCUAUCAUGGGCAACUGAGUGUCUUUGAGACUUGAGGCAUUGGGAGCCCUGUGGAUGGAACAAGAAUGGCUAAGAUUGGUUCUUAUCAACCAAAAUAAAUAUUGAAUCCCCAACAAGUUGCGUGUCGGAUGGCUGAUCCAAUGAACUAUACCAGUGCACUAUUCUUCACUAUACUAUUUGCAUUUUUCAUACCAGUUGCGUCACACUUCCAUGGUCAGUUCUGUACAAAUGUCUAUUAAUCCAAUCACAUGACUGACAUCGAAACAAUAUACACCGUCGGUCCCUGUACGCCGAGCCGAGUUGCGACCUUCCAUAACCAACGAGGCAGAUAAAAACUUGUCAAGCUUUUUGCCAAAAAAUGGCGUCAGGCGGUAAAAGCUAUUUCUCAGAAAACGUGCCUAAAAUUGUCGUCCAAAGUUUGUUUCGAAAAUACGACACAGAUGACAGCGGCCGCUUACAAAAAACCGAAUUAAUGACACUGUUGAAAGACGACCUUGGAAUGGACUCCAAACAAGCUGAAGCGGUAAUGAUGCUGGUCGAUAAAGAUGGAAGUGGAGCCGUUUCUUUUGAGGAGUUCUUUCAGUGGUUGAGAGAAGGACAGGGACUCAAAAACGUCGACAACACGACCAGGUAUUAUUACAUCAGGAAGGCUGUAGACCUUUUUAAGACCUACGAUAAAGAUGCCAGUGGAACCAUUGAACCGAAUGAACUGAAAGAGCUGCUGAAGUCCGUUGGAUACACUGGAUCUGUUGAAAGUGCUUUGAAAGUUUUGGAUAAAGAUCGUAAUAACAAGGUAUCAUUUCCUGAAUUUUUGCAAUGGUUAAACUGGAUACCUACUUAAUAGUUAGAAGCUGUUAGAUUUCACAACCUACUGAUUGGAACACUUCAAUGGUCUUCUAUAUUAAGUUCAUAUCCCUGAUAACUUAUAUAAUACUAAACUGAGCAUCGUCAAACGAGACAGCUUCACGUAUAUAGGUGUGACGUUUAAAGAAGUAUAAAAUAAUUACUGAUUUUCUAAUAAACUACAUUGAAAUAUCUA